GCUGGAGAGCUGGGCAGAGAGGAACCUGAUGAGGUUUCACAAGUGCAAGAGAGGGGUCCUGCAUGUCCAGUGCGGACGUCAGCACACACAGCGGCACCCGGUUACACGAGGCCGCAGCACUCACCCCGUUCACCACAGCCCGGGAGGCGGGAGCUGCGGGCGCGGCCCGCAGGGCGUCCCGGAGCGGAGGAGGCGACUGCGGCCCGGUACUCGGUUCCGGGGCGCUCCGGGUCGGGGGAAGCCGGAGGAAGGGACCGCUCUCCGGUGCCGGCGGAAGGGGCGGCGCAGCGGCCGUAUGGGCGCCGCGUGGGGCCGUGCGGCGCGGCUCGGGUUGCCCGCGGCGGUGCGGGCGGCGGCCCCGCCGUGCGCACGGCUGCGUGGCGGGAGGGCCGCACCCGUGCCGGGCCCGCUGCUGCUGGCGGCGGCGGCUCUGUCGCCCCGCGGCCCCGCGCCGCGCCUCGCUCCUCACUUCCUGCUCGCAGGGGCGGGGCGAGGCCCCUGGAACUGCGGCGGCGAGGCGGGAGCGCGUUCCGUCACCGACCUCUGUGGGGAGCAGCCGUCCGCAAUGCCCGCCGCCGGGCCCGCCGCCAGCCCCGCCGAGCCGCAGGCGCCCGCGGCCGCCGAGCCGCUCCGCCGCGGCCGCCGGAGGAAGCCGAAGGAGGACGCCAAGGGGAAGAAGCCGAAGCGGCGCGAGAAGCUGAAGCGGCGCGGUAAGGCGGAGGGCGAGCAGAGCGCGCCGGAGGAGAGUGGGCCGGGCGACGGCGGGCUGCUGCAGCCGCCCUCGGCCAAGAAGGCGAAGAAGAGCGCGGAAGGGAACGGCGCGGCCGAGCAGAACGGGUCUGCACCCGCAUCCGGACACGGCGAGGCACCCGCGGCCGAGGAGCCCGGCAGCGACGCUGAGGAGCUGACAGAAGAAGCCAGAGAAGGCGCUUUCUCCAAUUUUCCUCUCUCCCCAAGCACCAUCAACUUGCUCAAAGCUCGAGGUGUAAAAUACCUGUUUCCUGUGCAAGUGAAGACUUUUCAGCCCAUAUAUGAUGGCAAAGACCUGAUUGCUCAGGCUCGGACAGGAACUGGGAAAACAUUUUCUUUUGCUAUUCCACUGACUGAAAAGCUUCAGAGUGUCUCACAAGAUGAGAAAAGAGGCCGUUCACCAAAGGUGCUGGUUCUGGUUCCAACCAGGGAACUGGCCAUUCAGGUCGCCAAGGACUUCAAGAAUCUCACAAGGAAACUCUCAGUGGCAUGUUUUUAUGGAGGAACUCCGUAUAAAGCGCAGUUUGAUCUCCUUAAAAAUGGUAUUGAUAUUCUUGUGGGAACUCCUGGACGGAUCAAAGACCACAUUCAGAAUAGCAAGCUGGACCUUUCCAACGUGAAGCAUGUUGUUUUGGAUGAAGUUGAUCACAUGUUAGACAUGGGCUUUGCUGAACAAGUAGAAGAAAUCUUAGGAUUUGCUUAUAAGAAGGGUUCUGAGAACAGCCCUCAGACAUUGCUGUUUUCUGCAACUUGUCCACGCUGGGUAUACGACGUGGCAAAAAAAUACAUGAAAGGUGAAUAUGAACAGGUAGACCUGAUUGGAAAGAAGACUCAGAGGACUGCCACGACUGUGGAACACUUGGCUAUACAGUGUCGCUCGUCUCAGAGAGCAGAAGUUCUUGGGGAUAUCAUUCAGGUCUACAGUGGAAGCCAUGGGAGGACGAUUGUCUUCUGUGAGACAAAAAAGGAAGCAAAUGAGUUGGCUUUGAAUUCUGCGCUCAAACAGGAAGCCCAGUCAUUGCAUGGUGACAUUCCACAGAAGCAGAGAGAAGUUACACUAAAAGGCUUUAGAAAUGGUGUGUUUGAGGUUCUGAUUGCAACCAAUGUAGCUGCCCGUGGCUUGGAUAUUCCUGAAGUUGACCUGGUUAUACAAUGCUCACCACCAAAAGACGUCGAUUCCUACAUCCAUCGUUCUGGACGCACGGGUCGAGCUGGCCGGACAGGGAUCUGUAUUUGUUUCUAUCAGAGGAAGGAAGAAGACCUUCUGAAGCAGGUUGAGCAGAAAGCGGGAAUUACGUUUAGGCGUAUCGGUGUUCCAUCUGCUACAGAUAUAAUUAAAGCUUCCAGUGAUGAUGCUAAGAAGUGUUUAGAUGCCGUUCCUCCUUCUGCAAUAGACUACUUCAGGCAGUCAGCUCGAGAGCUCAUAGAGGAGAAAGGGGCAGUUGAUGCCCUGGCAGCAGCUCUAGCCCAUAUUUCUGGGGCAUCUUCCAUACAGCAGCGCUCCUUACUCAACUCAACCGCGGGCUUUGUGACCAUGGUGUUACAGUGCUCGAUAGAGAUGCGCUCCAUGAGCUAUGCCUGGAGAGGGCUGAAGGAGCAGCUUGGAGAGGAAAUAGAUGGCAAGAUAUCUGCAAUGCGUUUCCUCAAGGGGAAGACGGGGGUGUGCUUCGAUAUCCCUGUGGAUGAGCUGAGUCACAUACAGGAGCAGUGGCGGGACACGCGGCGCUGGCAGCUGGCGGUGGCCAAGGAGCUGCCCGAGCUGGAGGAGCAGCCACAGGACGCGAGCCGCGGGCCGCCGCGCUUUGGCGGCUUCAAGAAGAACGGAAGGUUCGGCGGCUGGAAGCAGGGCCGGCCGCCCGGCAGGGCCCUCGAGUAACCGCGGGACUGACCGUGUUUUUUACCCACAAGUAAAGAGCCGUUGGACACUC